CUCUUCCCUUGUCCUGCCCUUACUCCCGGAGGACCUUACAAGAUAAGCCAUACUUGUGUUUCUGUUCCUUCUCGUUUGUUUUUGUAUUCGACAUCGCUUCACAUAGGCGAACUUAUUGGCAGCUUUUGGGUUUCUCUAGGUGCUGCCCCUCAGAGUUGCUCGCCUUCCAUCGAUCGCCCCUCUCCACUCUUCGGUAACAAGUUGCAGCGGAGGUCAUUUCGUUCCCAGUACCCGUCCCCGUCUGUCCAGCUGUUUUACUGGUCGGCACCCAAACCCCUGGAGCUCGCAUUCUCCAGCCACUGCGCCAGCAAUCGACCACACCAAAACCUCCCAAUUAAGCAUCACUCGCGCUCAACCCGGCCGAACCAUCGCUGCUAGAAAAAAAUUGUGCAGAUUCGCCAAUUCCGGUUCAAUUGACCAAGCACAUCCGCAGAGAUGGAUUCAGGCCGGCCGAGCGAUGCGUCGCCAGAGGCGAUGCAGGCACGCAUCCAACAGGCACGUCGCGAGGCUGAGACGCUCAAAGACAGGAUUAAGAGGAAGAAGGAGGAGCUUGCCGAUACAACGCUCCGCGCUGUCGCCGCCCAGGCCCACGAACCGAUUCCCAAGAACCAGCUGAUGAGGACGAAGAGGACAUUGAAGGGCCAUCUCGCCAAGAUUUAUGCCAUGCACUGGUCGACGGAUCGAAGACACCUCGUUUCCGCAUCACAAGACGGCAAACUGAUCAUCUGGGAUGCCUACACAACCAACAAGGUCCACGCCAUCCCCCUCCGGUCGUCGUGGGUCAUGACUUGCGCCUACGCACCAAGUGGUAACUACGUUGCCUGUGGUGGUCUCGACAACAUCUGCUCCAUAUACAACCUUAACCAGAACCGCGAUGGUCCUACACGCGUCGCGCGCGAGCUUUCGGGCCACGCCGGCUAUCUUUCGUGCUGCCGCUUCAUCAACGACCGCAGCAUUCUCACCUCUUCGGGCGAUAUGACAUGCAUGAAGUGGGAUAUCGAGACAGGGACCAAGGUCGUAGAAUUCGCCGAUCAUCUGGGCGACGUCAUGAGCAUCAGCCUGAACCCCACAAACCAAAACACGUUCAUCUCGGGUGCUUGCGACGCAUUCGCCAAGCUGUGGGAUAUUCGUGCGGGCAAGGCCGUGCAGACAUUUGCUGGCCACGAGUCCGACAUCAACGCCAUCCAGUUCUUCCCCGACGGACACUCGUUCGUAACAGGAUCUGACGAUGCGACCUGCCGGCUGUUCGAUAUCCGCGCAGACCGGGAGUUGAAUUUCUACGGAUCGGAGUCGAUCCUCUGUGGCAUCACCUCGGUUGCCACUUCCGUGUCUGGGCGGCUGCUGUUUGCUGGUUAUGACGACUUUGAGUGCAAGGUGUGGGACGUUACUCGAGGCGAGAAGGUUGGCUCGCUUGUUGGCCAUGAGAACCGCGUCAGCUGCCUGGGUGUCUCAAACGAUGGUAUAAGUUUGUGCACAGGUUCUUGGGAUGCUUUCGUAAGGACCACCGCCCUACAAUGUUUCGGUUUGAUGGCAAGGUCGCUAACAGCCGUACAGCUCAAGGUCUGGGCCUACUAAUCCGCCCACGAUACCGAUACAAUUGACCUCUGGAUACCCGACCCCGACCAAGCUGCCUGAAAAGACUAUCGAGUUCCGAUUUAUGUUCCUGAUCGAUAUGUCGAUCCCCGCUUAAUCUCCAGCCUGUCGUGUUCAGCAGGAAGUCACGAUAUCAUCUUCCUGUCCGACACCUUAGCUGAUACCUGGCUUGGGCUACCUAAUUUGAGUCUAACCAGUUUACGGAGGCAGCCUUCCUGCGGCCGUGGUGGUCUUUUCUUCUACCCUUUUUCUAAACUUACCUUCUUUGCACCAUAGUUUCUCGGCGGCCUUUGUUUGUGCGGGCGGCGACUG